AAACUCUAACGGUCACUUCCUUUUACGUAAAAAAAUGAUUAAACCCUACCCCCCUCCAAAAUCGACCGUUUCCACCCCUCACCUUUUUUCCCUCUCUUCAGCUCUCUCUCUCUCUCUCUCGUAUGAAGAGUAAGAGAUGGAGUUUCUUCCUCUGAUCAUCUGAACGGAAACCUUUCCUAAAAUCAACACAACCAAAGAAGCGCUCUACGCUUUUCCUGAAUCUUCUCUCCCCGAAAAUGGGUUGUUUUCUCGGAUGCUUCGGCGGUGAGAAGAGUCAGAAACGCCGCAAGCAUAGGGCUCAUCGGUCCAGCCCUCAGCGCCAAAGAAACAGAAUCCAAAAUGUUCAGCAGGAAAACAAAAUCACUGCAGAGCAGUCUGUGGCAGAAACAACCCCUGCUAACUUAACUUUGGAGGUUUUGGAGUUGGGAAAUAAACAUGAGGUGGUGGAGCAAGGGAGCCCGAGCCUGAGCCCAAGCCCAAAGAAGAGUCCUAGCCCAAGUCCUAGAAAAAGAGUUACAUUUAACUCAAAUGUCACAACAUACGAGCAUGUUCGAGUCCAUGACAGCAUAGAGUCCUUGCCAGAUUGUGCUGCGAAUGAGGAAGAAAAGCAGGAAGAUUUGAAAUCAUCAAGUCGUUCACAAUCACUAUCUAAAGAUGAUGAUUCUGUCGCAUCCAGUGUGGCGUCAUAUCCUCCAAAUCAUAGGUAUCAUAAUGCUAGAGAAAGUGACGAUGAAGCUGAAGAGUAUGGUGAUAGCGAUCUGGAGGAUUUGGAUGAUGAAGAUGAAGAUGACGAUGAAUAUGAUUACUACUCUGAUGAAGAUACAAAUGCUAGAUUUCCUGGGCAUCAAGUGUGGUCUGAAUCGGUUGUAACUGCAUCAAUGGAGUCGAGGACAGGAAGCUCAUCACCACCUGUCAUGAGGCAGGAAGUAGACAGUCUGAUGGUGAACACUCAGCUGCCUGAUGAGGAAGUCAAAGAAUUUGGAUCAAAAACCAAUGCCAGAGAUAGAAGUGAUUAUAUCAAUUCAGUGCUCAACCCUGUCGAGAAUAUUACUCAAUGGAAGGCUGCAAAGUCAAAAGGAACAGCUCUAUUGAAGCCACAGAAGGAGAACUUUGCCAACUUCGAGGCUCCCCGUAUGUCGUUUAGCUCAGAGCCCAUAUUCAGGCAGGCGCCCUCUAGUUUCAAGGCAAAGUCUCAUCAAUCGAAAAAUGCAAAUCAAGAAAUAGCAGUUGAUGCAAGUCUUUCAAAUUGGUUAGGUUCUCCUGAAGUUGCACCUUCCAAGAAGACUAGUUUCAGUGGCUUCGAGACAAUCACUAAAUCCCCACAGACGACCACAUCAGAAGGUUGCACUUCUCCGAUGAGCUUUGAAGAUAGGCCAAUUUUAGGUGCACUGACAGUUGAGGAGCUGAGGCAAAUCUCAGCAGCUCCCUCCCCAAGGAAGUCUCCUAGUCGAAGUCCUGAUGAGAUGCCGAUUAUAGGGAGUGUUGGUACCUAUUGGAAUGAUUCGGGUUCAACAAAGCAUUCUGGUGCAGCCGCAUCUUUUAAAGGCAUACCAAACACAACCAGCAAGUACAGAGAGGACAAGAAAGUGAAUUGGCACUCUACUCCAUUCGAGACGAGAUUGGAUAGAGCUCUCAACAGAGGUGCUGCAUAAGCUUUAAUCUCCUGGUGAAUCUGAAUCAAGUGUGUGAGAAGUUUGUUUCUGUUUGUGAAUGAGUUCCUACAGUGAUCUGUAUGCAUAUUUAAUUGAUUUUUGUAUCCCAUGUAAUCUUUCUGUGUAUCAUUCGAGGUUGUAAUACAAACAAACACAUUCCAUAUAUGGUGAAUUGGAUUGAUUGGUCUGUUUUCCGAGGCACAUAAAA